AGGCAGAGGACCCCCGCAGCGAGUGCUGCGUCUGCCUGCGACGAACUUCGCGGCGGACGCGCUGCGGCCACCCCCUCUGCUCGCGGUGCGUGCCGCGGCUGCGCCGGCUGGAGUGCCCCUACUGCCGCCAGGAGAGCUGCCCAGCCUGCCCGAGGCGGCGCUCGCCACGCCCUCGAGGAGCAGCGGCCGCAGCAGCGGCGGCGGCGGCGGCGAGGCGAGCGAGGCCCGCCCCGAGGGCGCCGCUGCGGAGGAGAGCCUGUGGGACUGCGACACCCUGGAGGGCCUCCACGAGGCGGCUCUCUCGCUGGGCGUCGGGGGCGCCCGCCGGUCCCCGAUGGCGCUGCGGACGCUUGCGGCCGUGGUCACGAGGCGCAGCUGCCGGCUCCUGCGGCACGGGCUCGGCUCCGUCGCCCUGGGGCUGGCGGCGGUGCCUUUCUUGGCCGGGCUGAGGGUGGAGGGCCUGCUGGACCCCCUGCGGGACGUGCAGCUCGCCGCGGUGGACGCCGUGCUCCACCUGUGCGAGGCCGACGACACAUCCGCCGCGCGCCUGCCCUCGCCGGCGAGAGCUCGCUCGGCACCGGGCGCGCGGCCAAGAUCGGCGGCGGCGGGGGGCCUCUCCGCGCGCGCCGAGGCGCCGGGGCUCGGCCUCGGGCGCCUCCCGCGCUGGGAGGCGCCGCCGCGGGCAGCCUCGGGCAGCGCGGAGGCCGGGCUGCAGCACUGGGCGCAGUGCACGGAGCUGUACGCCGCGCUGGCGCAGGCCGGCCUCCUCGCCGAGGAGGACGCGGCCGCCCUUGCCGGCUUCUUGGAGGUCGAGCUGCGGGCCCGGCUGCGGGGCUGCUCCGCCGAGCAGCUGGGCGGGUGCGCCGAGGCCCUCGCGCGUGGCGCCGCCCGCCUCUGCCGCGGCCCCGCCGCACAGGGAGGC